CGUCCCUAUAUAUAUCCGGGCAAGGAAAGUUUGUUGUAAGGCUCUUAGAUGAAGGGAUCAUACUCCCGGUCGCACCUUAGGUAAGACUCAGAAAGUCUGCUUCGAUCCAGAUCCCAUGUCCCAUGCUUGUUCGUCUUGAUGAUCUUGCUCCAUGAAUGCCAUAAAAGCUUUGAGACUGGUCCCCUCCAUUCGUCCUAAUUUACGCAACGCCAUUUCUCCUUCUGUGAGAAUGUCGAGCAAGAGAGGGAUCUCGAUACAGCGGGUGGCCGGGUCCAUAGGCGCUGAGAUCCACGACGUCGAUCUCUCUGCCCUCUCUGAAAACCCAGGCAUUGUCAGGGAGAUUCGGGAGGCCCUGUUACAAUAUCAAGUCAUAUUCUUCCGCAAUCAAAGCUUGGAACCCAAAGAAUACCUCGACUUCACGGCCCACUUUGGCAAACCGGUCGAAUAUCCCUUUGUCCGCGGCAUUGACGGCUAUCCCGAAAUCAUACAAGUCCUCAAACAAGAACAUGAGACCAUCAACUUUGGAGGUAUCUGGCAUUCGGACACCUCCUACUUCGAGAAUCCACCUAUGGGAUCGGUUUUGAUGGCCAAAGAGGUCCCGCCGUACGGUGGUGAUACGUUAUUCGCGAAUCAAUAUGCCGCAUAUGAGUCCCUUUCCGAAGGACUCAAACAGACCCUCUCCACCUUGAAGGCAGUGAGCACCUCAGCAAAGGCCGACGCCAGCAAGACUCGCGAAGACCGCAUCCGUGACUCCGGAAACGCCUCGGCCCAAUCCUCGCUGGAGGCGGUUCACCCUGUUGUCCGGACACACCCUGAAACAGGAAGGAAGGCCCUCUACGUCAACGUCGCGCAUACCUCCCACUUUGAGGGCUGGACAGAGGAGGAAUCCGCCCCACUGCUGCAAUACCUGUUUCAACACCAAGUUAAGCCAGAAUUCACAUGCCGGUUCCGUUGGGAAGUGGGUAGUAUCGCCUUCUGGGACAAUCGAUGCGCACAGCAUAACCCAAUCAAUGACUACCAUGGAUUUCGCCGGAGGAUGUUGAGGAUUACCUUGGAGGGAGAUCGGCCUGUAUGAAAGCUGUCAACGGAGGGCUUGAACAUCGUUGGAAGACGCUGCGUCGCCCACUGUUAUCAGGGAAGCCCAUUAGAUGGGUUAGCAGAGGAUAGCCGUGGUUCGUGAAUAGACUGAAGGAUAUAUGACUGAAG